CCCAAAGCUCCCGCCGGCUCCUGCCGGUCGCCGAGGCCGGGUGACGCCUGUCGCUGAACGGUUUUGGUCGCCCGCAGAUCGGCUUCCAGCAUCGGAAGAGACUCGCGGGGCUGCCGGGAACGGCUGGAAUCCGGUCGGAGCGGCUUUUCCGGCAGGAGAGGGGCGGCUCCGUGCCUGGAGAGCGUUAACUCCGGUGGGGAGCGCGGCCGCACCGGCGGCGGGGGGUGAGGGUGGAAAACGAGCUGCUGGGAUCCGGCCGCAGCUUUUAAUCCGGAGCGGAUCCGGAGGGAGAAGUAGGCGUCCCGAUUGCUUUACGGUCCUACGGAAAGACCCGCGGAAGCUGCAGGCAGGCGAGUGCGAUGCCGGUGAGCCGCUGGCCGGAGGCGCCCAGCUGCGUCCCGCUUCGAUCGCAAGAUUGCAGCAGGCUGCUGGGCAGCCGGCCGCCGGGCUACGGGACGCUGCGGCCGGGCUCCGACCCAGCCCGCAUGGAGGAGGUCGCCGGCUACCGGAGCAGGACGUGGCGGCUGGCGUUGUGCCGCGGGGCCUCGGCGCUGACCGCCGGCCUCCUGCUCCUCCUCUUCCGCUGGAAGCCGAGCCUGGAGGUGCGGGCCAAGUGCGAGCCGUGCGCGCUCGGCCGCGCCGACUGGGUCCUUGGCACGGACCGCUUCGGACGGCGCUUCGCCGCGCGCGUGCGCACGGAGCCGCUGGGCGCCGGCGGCCUGGAGAAUCGCCCGGGAGCCCGGCAGGAGGACCGGAAAACCAGCAUCGCCAUCGGCGUGUCGGAUGAGGAGGAGAGCCGGGACACCGUCCGGCUUCACGAGAAGGAAGAGGAGAACCUCCUGCGGUACUACGUCUUCGAGGGCUUGCGCUACGUCUGGAUCGAGAGGCAGCAGGCCUACUGCAAAGUCAGCGUCUUGGAUGAAGGUUGGACCUGUGCAGAUCUCCAUCUCUCCCAGGCCGGGCUUGACCAGCAAGACCGUGACACCAGAAGGAAAAUCUAUGGACCGAACCUCAUCGAGGUGCCAGUGAAGUCCUACCCGCGGCUCUUGGUGGAGGAGGUGCUCAAUCCCUUCUACAUCUUCCAAGCGUUCAGCAUCGUGCUGUGGGUCUGCGACGCCUACUACUACUACGCCGCCUGCAUCUUCCUCAUUUCUACUAUUUCCCUGGGACUGUCGCUCUACGAGACGAGAAAGCAAAGCGCCACGCUGCAAAACCUGGCGAAGAUGUCGGUCGGCGUCCGAGUCCGCCGGCGCGGCGGAGAGGAGGCGGUGGUGAGCUCCGCGGACCUGGUGCCCGGCGAUUGCAUCAGCCUCCCCUCCGACGGGCUGCUGGUCCCCUGCGACGCCGCGCUGCUGACGGGCGAGUGCAUGGUCAACGAGAGCAUGUUGACGGGGGAGAGCGUGCCAGUGAUGAAAACGCCUCUCCCGGCGGGCACCGCCGUCUACUCGCCCGAGGAACACAGGCGGCACACGUUGUUCUGCGGCACGCACGUCGUCCGAGCCAAGGCGUACGUGGGCCAAGAGGUGCUGGCCGUGGUGACCCGCACAGGGUUUUGCACAGCCAAGGGGGACCUCAUCAGCUCCAUCCUCUACCCCAAGCCCGUGAGCUUCAAGUUCUACAAGGACGCUGUGAAGUUCGUGCUGUUCCUCGCCGUCCUGGCUUUUAUUGGCACGCUGUACAGCAUCUUGAUCUUGAUUAAGCACCAGGUUCCUGUGGGGCAGAUCGUCAUCCGUGCCCUCGACCUGGUCACCGUGAUCGUGCCCCCGGCUCUGCCAGCUGCCAUGACGGUGGGCACCAUCUACGCCCAGAACAGGUUGAAGAAACGGGGCGUCUUCUGCAUCAGCCCUCCCCGAAUCAACCUGUGCGGGAAGAUCCGCCUGGUUUGCUUCGACAAGACAGGGACCCUCACCGAGGAGGGCCUGGACGUCUGGGGCGUUGUCCCGCUGGAAAACGACUGUUUCUUGCCCAUUGUGCACGAACCCCGCUGCCUGCCCGACGGCCCCCUGCUCUACUCGCUGGCCGCCUGCCACAGCGUCUCGCUGCUGCGGACGCAGCCCAUCGGAGACCCCGUGGACCUCAAGAUGGUGGAGUCCACCGGUUGGCGCCUGGAGAUGCCGGAGGAGGACGCCGCCGAGCCGCCCGUCUUCCAGCAGUUUGGGACGAAGGUCUUGGCCGUGAUGCAACCUCCGCCCGUGGAAGAGCAGCCGCGAGACGCGAGGCACCAGGUGCCCGUGGGCAUCCUCCGGCGGUUCCCCUUCUCCUCCUCCUUGCAGCGGAUGAGCAUCCUGGCGAAGCUGCCUGGCAAGUCCUCUACGGAAGUGUAUGUCAAAGGAGCACCGGAGAUGGUGGCCAGCCUUUGCAGGAAGGAAACUGUGCCCGUGGAUUUCUCCCGGACGCUGCACCACUACACGACGGAUGGCUUCCGCGUCUUGGGUCUCGCCUGCAAAGCUCUGAGCACCGUGACGACCUUUGAGGAGGCCCUGCAGCUGACGAGAGACUCCGUAGAGAGCGACCUGACCUUCCUCGGGUUCCUCGUCAUGAAAAACGUGCUCAAGCCGGAGACUGCGCCGGCCAUUCGCCUGCUGAGGAACGCCAACAUCCGCCCCGUCAUGGUGACAGGGGAUAACAUGCUGACGGCCGUGAACGUCGCCAAGAGCUGCCGCAUGGUGGAGCCCAAAGAGCGGGUGAUCUUCGUCAACGCCUCCCCGCCCGGCCCCGGCAAACCCGCCGCUCUGAAGUUCCUCCUCGCCGAGCACUCGCGGGGCGAAGAGGUCCUCCAGCAGCAGCCCUGCCACUUCGCGCUGAACGGCAAGUCCUUCGCUGUGGUUUGCGAGCACUUCGCCGAGCUGCUGCCGAAGAUCCUCAUCCGAGCGACCGUUUUCGCUCGCAUGUCGCCUGACCAGAAGACUCAGCUUGUUUGCAGCCUGCAAGAGCUCAACUACUGCGUGGGGAUGUGCGGCGACGGCGCCAACGACUGCGGGGCCCUCAAAGCGGCCGACGUGGGCAUCUCGCUCUCGGAGGCGGAGGCCUCCGUGGCGUCGCCUUUCACCUCCCGCGUCGCCAACAUCGAGUGCGUGCCCGCGGUCAUCCGGGAGGGCAGAUGCUCGCUGGUCACCUCCUUCGGGGUGUUCAAGUACAUGGCCCUCUACAGCUUGGUGCAGUUCGUGUCCGUGCUGCUGCUCUACACGAUCAACACCAACCUGAGCGACUUCCAGUUCCUCUUCUUCGACCUGAUCAUCACGACCACCGUGGCGGUGCUGAUGGGUCGGACGGGACCUGCCAAGGAGCUGGGAGUGGAGCGUCCCCAAGGGGCGCUGAUAAGCGUCCUUGUGCUGGGCAGCCUGCUCCUCCAGACGGCUCUGCUCAUCACCGUGCAAGUCCUCAGCUACUUCAUCACCAUCUCGCAGAGCUGGUACGUCCCACUGAACAGCACGGUGACGGCUCCACAGAACCUGCCCAACUACGAGAACACUGUCCUGUUCUGCGUCACGGGCUUCCAGUACCUCAUCCUGGCCGUCGCCAUGUCCAAGGGGUAUCCCUUUCGGGAGCCGCUCUACACCAACGUGCUGUUCUUGCUGGUCCUCGUCGGCCUCUUCGGCCUCAUGGCGUGGUUGACCCUGUACCCGCUGGGCUUCCCCAAAAGCCUCCUGCAGCUGCAGGGCAUCGACGACUUGAAUUUCAAGCUGCUGCUGCUGGGCAUCGCCGCGCUCAACUUCUUCGCAGCCUUCGUGCUGGAGACCGCCCUGGACCACGGCUUGCUCUGCUGCUUCCGCAAGCUGCGCCGCAAGAAGGCGUCCAAGAAGCUUUUCAAGAGGCUGGAGAAGGAGCUGAGCCAGCAGCAGGAGCCGGCGUGGCCGCCCCUGGACGAACCGCUCUUCGCUACGCCCAAGAUGUCCAUCGCCGUGAGAUAGCCACGGGCAGCCGGGUGCUUCUGCCCGCCGGCGCUCGCCCGUAAAUCCGGCGCGGCGUCAAGGUUGGCUGCCGGCACCUGCGUCCUGCUCCGAGCGGGCACCUACGGACCAGCUCGUCUUUCCCGGCGGAUCCCAAGCAGGACGGAGCUCCGGCCGGGGCAGGCGCUCGCCCUCGGCCACCGCGGCUGUUGCCAAACCCGCCGGUCCCGAGCGAUGCAUCUCGAACCCGAACCCGACCGCUCGCCGCCCCGGCUCGAGCCCGCCGGCCGGGAGCUUCGGAGCGCUGAAAAAACCCUAAAUCUCUUUAUUUUUUAGCGCCGCGAGUGUGGUGGGACAGCGCGGCGCCUUUUCGGUUUGCCCGCGCCGCUGUGGCGAACAUAUCUAAUAAAUUAACGCUAUUUUCUCGA